AGGGGUCCUCUUGUUAUAGGCUAGGAUGUCUUUUUUAUUUAAAUUAGCCACGUUACAUUAACUUAGUUCUGUCCCUCACUGUUCUUGUAUUAUUCACUUUGCUGCCCCCUCGUGGAACGAUCUGUGAUUUGCUCAGAUUGGUUUCUAUGGGGACGUUACAAACACUGCCAGAAACAGAUGACUCUGAGCACCCUGACGCCGUUAUAGCAUUGUCCUCGGCAUCUAUGUGUCUGUGAUUGUUAUAGUAUCACAAUGGCUGAACAGAAUGUUCCGAACAAAUUGGGCAUUAAUAUUCUGAGCUCCGAGCAGCAGGAGAAGCUGCGACAGUUCAAGAUUAAGACACGAAUCGAAAACGAGUCUUAUUUGAUGGCACACCCGGAAGUGGAGCUGAUGAUAGGAGACUUCCUCAGAAAUGUUCUUCUUAAAAGGCCUGAUGACAUUCUGGAGUUUGCUGCAGAUCACUUCACCAACCCAAACCUUCACAUCAACGUUACCACCAAGGUGGAAGAAAACAGUUUCUUGGACUGAACCUCAGACGACAUUCACAGCAUUGUUUGACCUAAUUUCUGUUCUUUUCUAUGUUGAGCAAAACACAUUUGAAGCAGGUCAGUCCUUUUGUUUGUGUCAGCCGUAUAUGAUCGCCAUAUAUUGGGCGUCAGCCCAGGGAGGUUGUAAUGGCAUUCCUAAUAAGUGUGAUGAAACCCUAAUGAGCAGUGGAAAUCCUAUGGGCUUUACGCACUGUUGACCACAACCAUCACAUGAUCAUGUUUACACAUGUCAACGAGGUGACUGUGAGAUACCUGCAGUAUCAUGUCACAUCAGGAUGACUGGAAAAGAUAUAUAUGAAAUCAUCCUGGAAGUAUUUGCCCAACCUUUCUGAGAGAACCGGACAUAUACAGUUGAGUUCAGUCAUUGCUUCAUUCAUUCUGUCAUUUAAUUCUGAUAUUAUUUAUAAUGUAUUAUGAUUGAUUUUUAGUGCUAAGCAGUAGUAUGUGAAGUAUUCUGCUAAAAAAAAUAAAAAAAUUAAACCUG